AUGGCCAAGCCUACCACUCACAAGUCCACUGCCAAGCCAGAGGAUAAACAUGCCGCCAUGCUGAAGACGGCCGCUGUGAUUGUUGUGCACAUGCAGGAAGAUGCUGAGGAUCCUGGAUUUUUGCCCUUGGUGAAAUAUUCAGACAUUGCGCCAUUUGGCAAUGCAGUCACACUGUUGCUCAACAGUCCACAGAAGGCCCUUGUCUGUGAUUUGCCCAAGAAGUGGGUCCAUUUUUUUGGUCUGGACCAGCAAGAGGAGCUGGCUGCUUUGUCUGCACUACCAGAGGAGGAUGAGGAAGAGGACAAGGAGGAGAAGAAGUUUAAGGUGAUGCUGUCUGGUUUUUUGACAUCCCUGGGGAGCCUGGCCAGCCCACUGGUGAAGGCCAAAAAGGGUAAGGCAAAGGCAAUGGAAAUGAUGCCAGCAAAGUCGGUCAUGCCGUGCCUUGACAAUGGCAUGAAUAAGACACUGCCUGUGACCAGGGCUCACAGGAGGCCAAUGGAGGAGGACUCCCACAAUGCAGGGUGGAUGCCAGAAGAGAUGCUGGUAAAGGUCUUGCUGGCUACAAUGGAUGCCACAGUGUUGGAGUCAUUUGUGGCAGAAAAUUGUUGUACAUUGUGCUGCAAACACACCAUGGUCAAAGAUGGCAAGGCACACCACAAAUGUGAUAUUGCAGAUGUGGCCAAUAAGGUGGUUUGCUCAACAUGCAAGGCAACAAAAAAGCCUUGCAGCAUGCAUACAGUGCAUCUUGCCAAGGCCAUGGCUCUGCCUGCAGCAUCUGUGGAGGAUCUUUUCCUCCUGGAGACUCCUGAGCCCAAGCCUGUUGAAGAAACUGCUGAAAAGCCCACCAAGAAGAAGAAGCGGAAGCUGGUGCACAGCUAUGCACCAGUGAAGCCUGAAAAAUGUGAGCAGGAGGAUGAUGAGGACUCGGUUGGCCCGUCGCAAAAGUGGUCCCACCUUCUGGAGGCUGAGGUUGAGCUGCCAGUUGUGCUGCUCUGUAUGGUGGAGCCCAAGAUGCUUGAGCUGUGGAAGAGCCUGCACACAGCUCAGAAAGCAGUGGAUGCAGCACAGAAGGCAAUGGACACAGUAACAGGCUGGGCAGACCAAGUCCAGACUCUCCUGGGGAGGGCUCUGGCUGAGUAA